AAAAAUCAAACAAACAAAAUCUGUCAGAUUCUGCAAUAAAAUCUGUCAGGAUCUUCCUUUCCAAACUGUCAGAUUUUCUUAGAGGAUUUUGUAUCUCCUCGAAUAUGAUGUCCACCCUUUUUAAAUCUGACAUCCUCAUUCACAUCUUUUUCAUCAUCCCUCUUUCUUUAUUUCCUCAAACAUUCUUAACUUCAUUCUUGUCUUCUACUUUCAAUUUUUCACUAUUCAUAUUAUGGCACAGUUUCAUGUUUUGGCUGUUGAUGAUAGUGUUAUUGAUAGAAUGCUGAUUGAAAGACUCCUCAAAACCUCUUCAUUUCAUGUUACUGUGGUUGAUUCUGGAAGUAAGGCUUUGAAGUUUCUUGGUUUGGUUGAAGAUGAGAUGAGGAAUGAAAAGGUUUCAUCUAUGGCUACGGAAACAGAUCAGGUUGUGGAAGUGAAUCUGAUUAUAACUGAUUAUUGUAUGCCAGGAAUGACAGGCUAUGAUCUGCUGAGAAAAAUCAAGGAAUCUAAUUCUCUUAAAGACAUACCAGUUGUGAUUAUGUCAUCUGAAAAUGUUCCAUCAAGAAUCAACAGAUGUUUAGAAGAAGGAGCUGAGGAAUUUUUUCUGAAACCAGUUCAACAAUCUGAUGUAAACAAGCUGAAACCACAUUUGUUGAAGACAAAAGUUAAGAAUGUUGAUGACCAAACCAACAACAUAGGAAGGAUAGAGAACAAUAAUAGAUGUUACAUUCAAAAUUAGUGAUAGUUACUUAGAUAGUACUUGACAUUUAAAUCUUCUCUUUCUCACCAACAUAAAUUAGUGAGAAGAGUAUGCUGAUGAAUAGGUCAUUAGUAACUUAACUGAAGAGAGAAUUUUUAUUGAAUUUUUGGUCUGACAAAUUUUAAUUUUUUUUCUCGCUAAUGUUUAUCUUUAUUUUAGUGCCAUAUGAUUGAAAACUUAAUA